AUGUCCAACCAAAAGGGCACGGAAAGAUCAAAUACUAAUAACUCAGAAAGCGAUGGAGAACUUUCCAAUACAGAAGAGAAUGAUUUCACACAAAAUCCACCACAGAUAUCUGAAAUUAGUCAAUCAAACUGGCAGGAUAAUAUGGACGAGGACGAUCAUUCCGAUACUAAUCUUUCACCGAAUGAUAAUGGCUUCUAUGAAAUAGAGGAACUUUCAAGCGAGGAAAGUUCUCAAAUGAAUCAUUCAGAUGCUGUUGAGAGCGUAAAAAUUCUUUACGAAUUUCCUGACGAUUCGGAAAAAUGUGAAGAAAGCCAGUCAAUUCCGCAGAAUCAGAAACGUCGAAAAGAUGCCAAAAAUGUGCAUUUCCAAAAGAAAAUGAAGAAUGAUAACUCUAAUAACAAGCGAAAUAAAAGCAAAGAAAAAGAAAAGCCUAAAAUCAACGGGCAGCCAUCAACGUCUGAGAAUUCUAAAAAUGAUAAUGGUAACAGUGAUUACAACGAUAAUGAGAGCAAUAAAGCUAAUAAUAUGGAUAAUGGCAGUUCGAGUGAAACUUUCGACAAUAAUAGGCUGAUCGCAAAACCUGCUCGUCGCCUUUCCAAAGGAAAAGACAGCAAAAAGCCAACUCAAAUCGAAACAUACGAUAAAACUAAUGCAUUUAAAAGAGUAAUCGUGGCAACAAGCACUUCAGAAGGAGCUUUGGCAGACGUUGAAGACAAUGUUGACAGUCAAAGUAAUGACGAUAUCAGUGAUGACCACGAAAAGAAAGCCCAGGAACAAAUUCCUAACAAGAGAAAUGCCAAUUCAACGAAGCUGGUUGAAGACCAGAAAGGUACACGAAGCUCUUCUCAAUCUGUUGACAUCGACAAAGCAUCAGCUUCGCAGAACCAAACAAAAACUGAUAACACCACUUUCAGAGUUGUUUCCCAAUCGAACACUUCUUCUCAGCCCGCAGGUGGUAAAGACGGGGAGGCUACCACGUCGUCUACAACAAAUCAAUUGAAACUGAGAUCGGAUGUUGGGCGACGUAAGAAAAGAAAGUGCUUCGUUUGCAAUAAAAAGCUUGGGUUGACUGCUUUUACGUGCCGUUGUGGAGGCCUCUAUUGUUCGCAGCACAGAUACGACAAAGAGCACGAUUGCAAUUUUGAUUACAAGUCAAUGGGAGCCGAAGAGAUCCGGAAAAACAACCCGCUGAUAGUCGCAGAAAAGAUUUCAAAGCUAUAA